AUGCCUCCUCAACCGCGAACACCACUGCGACGCGUCUCGCAAAGCUCACUUUUCGCCGUCUCCAAUGCUGAACCCACAGAUACCGGGUCCGGUACAAUAUUUCUCGAUGCUGCCAUUUCCGAGCUUGCAGACGAAACCGAACUACUGCAACAUCAUGUUGAGCAGUUGCACAAUCUAAGCGAAUCCCUCGCGACCUUCAACGAAUCAUUCGCCAGUUGGCUAUAUGUUAUGCAGAUGAACUCGCUUACUAUUGACUGGGUUCAAGCGCCAUCGGGCAAUUCCUUUGAGCUGGCUAAACGCCGAGCUGAGCGUAAAGCGAUUGCGGCAAUGGAAGAAAUGCAGGCCAAAGCCCGGGCCGCCGCCGCCGCUCGUGAGCGAGAACGCGAAGCUGAAAUGACGAAGACCCUGGAGAACACGGAGGGAGGGGAUACAACCUAUGCUGGGCACACAACAACUAAUGCCUCUGGGGCGUCUAAAUCAAUCCUGAAAAAGAAACCCGGGAAGCCCAAGUUAACGGCGAAGGAGAAGAAACAGCGUGCGAUCGAAAUCGAAAAGGUCAUAGCUUGUUUGCCACUCGAGUUUCGAGGCAGCGAUCCGAAUCUUCGGAAACAUAUGGACCUUGUCAUCGAGGGGUUUUUUGAUGCCCUGGACCACACAGUCAAAUUAACAGACUUGAUUAAGCCUCCUGAUCUUUCUCAAGCCCGCGUGAAUAAAUGCCUCAUUGCUCUGUCGACUGCGGGCUCCAAGAAGAAGGGAAAAGGAAACAAGACCCAAAGCGACGAUCUCAAAGACAGCAAUGCUGAGAUUGUGGUUCCACGAAGUAAGGAGGACAUACUAGCUCAGAAAAGGGAAAAAUUGAGGGAAGAACUUGCCGCCCAAUCCGAGACGAAAUGGAGUAGCAAGAAGCGCAAGAGACUGGACAAGUAUAUUGAAAAGAAGCUAAAGAAGGAGGAGCGCGUGCUUAUUUUUGAGAAACUUGCACAGGCUCAAGCAGCUCUGCCAACCUCAAUCCAACUCCAAUCUUCGUCUACUCUUGGUACUGGAAGAGCGCAUACCCACAGCGAACAGCUUUCCAAAUCUGAAGACCAGGAGGUGCGAAGGGCAUUGGAGGGACAAACUGGAAGGAGAAGACGGAACUAUGAUUCAUUCACCGUUGUUGGGCCCGAGUCAGAUUCCGAUGAGCCAACAGAGGAAGAAGAAGAAGACUUUUCGUCAACGUCACCCAGUGCUAGUGCUUCAUUUGUGCCAGCAUCUGUCCCCACCCCAAUCGGUUCUGCGGUAAUUGGCAGUGCGCUUCAACGAAACCCUGACGGGACUCUGGUUCCUCCCAAAGUCAUACCGAGGUCGCAGAAAAAGAAUACAUUCAAAAGCUGGAGCAGAAAGCAACCAGUAUCCACUCCGGAUGCCUCCUCCUCGUCUUCUUUCGACAGCUCAGACUCGGCAAACGAUCCUUCUGACGGCGAAGACGAGGAGAAAUCAGCCGGUGAAAUGGAGGCGGAAGAAGAGCCUCAGGUCGCGCCAAAGCGGAAUUUCAAGGAUUGGGCAGUGAAGCAAUUGGGCAUGACGAAGAGCUAUAUGGCUCCCUCCCAGGUUGACGUCCCUUCACAGGAUGUCCCUCCAAUACCUAACCCUCACUCCUAUCCUCCUCCCCGAAAACGACAAAGGACGGAGACCAAACGUGGGCCACUAGGCGCUGAUUUCAAAACUCCAACAUCGCCUUUCGCACAACAUGUUCUGCAAUCCUCAGUUGCCGAUUCAAUCAAGUCCGUCGAUGUCUUCCGACCUGCCGAUGUCAUGGAAGCUCGAAUGCUACUCCCCAUUGUGACUGAGGAACAGCCAAUCAUGGAAGCUAUACGUUUAAAUCCAGUAGUUGUCAUUUGCGGUGAAACUGGGAGCGGCAAGACAACGCAGGUGCCCCAAUUUCUCUUCGAGGCAGGCUUUGGAUCGCCUGGAAGCGAUAAUCCUGGCAUGAUCGGUAUUACACAGCCUCGACGCGUUGCUGCUAUUUCCAUGGCUGCUCGAGUUGCACAUGAACUGGCCUUACCACCUUCCCGCGUCUCCUACCAGAUUCGAUACGAUGCAACUGUUUCUCCUUCGACAUCAAUCAAGUUCAUGACCGAUGGGGUCCUACUCCGCGAACUUGCAACGGAUUUUCUUCUCUCCAAAUACUCAGUUAUCAUCAUCGACGAGGCCCACGAGAGGAGCAUGAAUACCGAUAUUCUCAUAGGAGUUUUAUCUCGUGUCUUGAGGUUGCGGGAGGAUAUGUGGAAGGCCGGCACCGCCAAUGUUAAACCCCUUCGCCUAAUCAUUAUGUCUGCGACUCUUCGUGUUAGUGACUUUGCAGAAAACAAGACCCUUUUUCCCGUUCCGCCACCCGUUAUCAACGUUUCUGCUCGUCAACAUCCCGUGACAGUCCAUUUCAGUCGGCGAACGUCGUCUGAUUAUGUGACCGAAGCGGUUAAAAAAGCGACCAAGAUACACGCUCGUCUACCUCCAGGCGGUAUACUCAUUUUUCUCACUGGUCAGAACGAAAUUACUGGGGUUUGUCGAAAACUUGAGGCUAGGUUUGGUGUCAAGGCUCUGGAACAAAAACGGCGUCAACAACAAUCUACCGAACGUGACCACUCUGAUGAGGCUACCAGAAUCCAAUUAUCUCAAGUGGAUGUCGAGGCGGAGGACUUGGAGCUCGGCAUCCAACCGCCUGAUCACCUCGCGCCAGAUGUGGACGAAGGGAUGGCUGAUGAGGACCCUGAUGCUUUGGAAAGUGAUGAUGAAACUGACGAAAUUCGACUCGACAAAGAACUAGGUCUUGAUCCGGAUGAUGCUGACGUUCCGAUGCAUAUUGUACCGUUAUACUCGCUUCUUCCAAGUGAAAAGCAAAUGUUAGUCUUCAAGCCGCCUCCUGAGGGCACCCGGCUCGUGGUUGUAUCGACAAAUGUCGCAGAAACAUCACUGACGAUACCUGGCAUUCGCUAUGUGGUAGAUUGCGGUCGAGCCAAAGAGCGUCGAUAUGAUACGGCCAAUGGGAUCCAAGCCUUCCAAGUUGGAUGGAUUUCCAAGGCCUCUGCGGCUCAGCGUGCCGGUCGGGCCGGCCGUACCGGUCCCGGUCACUGUUAUCGACUGUACUCGUCAGCUCUAUUCGAAAACCACUUCGACAAGUUUGCAAAACCCGAGAUUUUACGUAUGCCGAUCGAUGGUAUCGUCCUUCAGAUGAAGAGCAUGCAUAUUGAUGCGGUUGUGAACUUUCCGUUCCCAACCCCCCCAGAUCGCUCAGCACUAUACAAGGCGGAGAAGGUUUUGGGCUUCCUUGGUGCACUGAGCGUGCCCAAGAUAUCCAAUCAAGGACUACUCGCCGUUGCGGACGCGACUGUUGACGGUCAAAUAACCGAAAUUGGAAGGCAGAUGUCACUCUUUCCCCUUUCGCCACGGUAUUCUCGUAUGCUCGUCAGUGGUCAACAGGAAGGCUGUCUACCUUAUAUCAUAUCUAUCGUUUCGGCCAUGUCGGUCGGGGACCCAUUCCUCCACGAAGAAGCUCAUAUGAAGGAUGUAGAAGAAGAAAACGAAGCCAAAAACGAAACUGAUGACUCUCAUAAGAGGCAACGCAAGGCUUUCCAUGAGACGCAGCAUAUUCAUUCUUCUUUGGGAAAUUUCACGAGCGACAUAUUCCGAAGUCUGUCAGUCGUUGGAGCCUACGAAUAUGCGGGUGGAGGAUAUCAAUUCUGCUCUGCCCAUUUUGUGCGACCCAAGGCUAUGGAAGAGAUUCAUAAACUCCGUGCUCAAAUAAGCAACAUCGUGCAAGCUAAUUUUCCUGGGGCGGAGGCUGGUUUUGCCCUCAAAGUACCACCGCCAAGUGAUCUCCAGUUGAAGAUGUUGCGUCGUUUGGUCACUACAGGGUUCAUUGACCAAGUCGCCAUACGGAAGGACCGACUGGAGAAAACGCCGUCCGGCAUCAAGUUCAAAACAUCGAAGGGCGUUCCAUAUAAGGCCAUGGGCGUGACUGAGGAUGUAUUCAUCCACCCCUCCUCUGUUCUUGCCACGGUGGAGGCGCCAGAAUAUAUCGUCUACAGCGAAUUAGUGCGAACAAGCCGCGUUUGGGUUAAAGGCGUAACCAUCGUCAAUGCGGCAUGGCUCUCUUCCCCUUCCAACGGGAUGUGUACCUUUUCGAAACCGACGAAAAACAUUCAUGGUGAUCUCGUUGUGACACCUCGUUUCGGGAGCGAUGGCUGGGAGCUGCCCGCCAUUGCGGCAGAGAAGAUUGCCAAGUUACGUUGA